AUGAAGUUCUCAAAGAAGACUAUUCUCGCCACGAUGGCAGCUCAGGCUACGGCACUCGUUCAGAUGGAAGUUCGCUACAGCGACCGAAUGGUUGACGUUGGCAACCUCGAUCUGUUCGCCGUCACAUGGCAAGCCAUAUACGGCGAAGCAGGCAACACCCGAGCCAUCAUGACCGAUCGAUCCUUCGGCUCCCAGACGAACACUUGUACCUGGGCCGAAGACUACGACCCAGACCUGACCGUCCAGGUCAAGAUGAAUGGCGCUUGGGGUCGGACUCCUGGCCUCUCCGACAACCAAAUGCGUGACGGCCUUGUCCAGUCUAUGUGGGAGGUUCUUCGCACUGUCUCGGACCCUUACGGUUACGAGGUCUUCAACGGUUGCCGCGGUCUUACCUGGAUGGAAAGUGUGGGCUACCAUGAGGAUGCCGCAUGUGGACCCAAGAGCGCGCGUAACUGCGAAUACGCUUGCCGUAACGAGAACUCCCCUGGCUUGGCCCAAUGCGAGAACCAGACAUGGGGUCACAAGGUCCCUUCGACUCUGCGUGUCACAGCUUACAUUGAUGGACGACUACAGGCUGAUGACCUGAUCAUCGAGUUUGGUGCGACAAAGAACCAGGAGCCCGGCGGCUGUGGUCUUGUCGGGGAGGUUGCCGGAUUUCUCGCUGGAUUCAUCCCUGUCGGAGGUGAUCUGUUCGCCAAGGGCAUUGAGAUUGGCUGUGCCGAGUAG